AUGCAAGUGCAAGGGGUUAUUAGUAGUUACAUCACUUACAUCAAGCUUUUUCAUGACAGUUUGGACGAAACAAUAACUGAAACACCAGCUGAAGAACCAACUGGGUCAGCAUCGAUUCCUUCGAAAAAUAAAAACCACAAAUCCAUCAUUGCCUCUAUAGCGUCAAGUUUUGGGAUUGCCAUCCUCAUAUUAACGGUGUUAGCCAGCCUAUGGAACUGUAAAAGGAAAAGGCAACAAGGGAUCCAAAACAUUUCAUUGCAGUUAGAUGAUGGUCGACUCUUUAAAUACUCGGAGCUUGUAAAAAUUACCAAUAAUUUUUCAUCGCCAAUUGGAGCUGGUGGAUUUGGAAAAGUUUAUCAUGGUAUUCUGGAAAGUGGUAUUCAAGUUGCUGUCAAGUUACUUAUUUCAGCAUCAGGCUCUAGUGAAUUUCAAAAUGAGGUCAAGCUAUUGAUGAGAGCUCGUCAUAGAAAUGUGGUUUCCUUCGUUGGGUACUGCAACAGAAAAACUAUGGCACUUGUAUUUGAAUAUGUUGCCAAUGGAAAUUUGCUACAACAUUUAACGGUUUCAGAUACUGGAAACAGUUUGACUUGGAAUGAGAGACUUCAAAUCGCAGUGGAUGCAGCACGAGGAUUGGAUUAUCUACAUAAUGAUUGCAAGCCUCCCAUAAUCCACAGAGAUAUAAAGACCUCCAAUAUAUUGUUAACUGAAAAACUUCAUGCCAAGAUAUGUGAUUUUGGUGUUUCCAAACUUCUUUCAACUGAAUCAGCCACUCAUACCAUGACAGAUCAUGUCAAAGGAACUCGCGGAUACUUAGAUCCUGAAUAUUACAACACAGGAAAGCUGAACAAAAAGAGUGAUAUAUACAGCUUUGGGAUUGUAUUGCUCGAGCUAAUCACCGGCAAAACAGCAAUAAUAAAAGAUGUAGAACCCGAACCUAUUCACAUAUGUCAAUGGGUGAGACCAAUGUUUGAGAGAACAGAAAUCGAAAACAUAUUGGAUUCAAGGAUACAAGCAGGGACUUGCAAUGUUUCCUCUGCUUGGAAAGUGGUAGGAAUCGCCAUGGAAUGUGUGUCUUCAACAACUAUUGAAAGACCAGAUAUCAAUAAUGUGUACAAGGAAUUGGAGGAAUGUUUGGAAAUAGAGAUUCCACCUAAAAUAGCGAAGGUUGCACAUGUCGAUGAGGAUAAUGAUGAUUCUAGGACUAGUUCAAGUGUCUCUGUUUGCAUGACGUCCCACACCAAGUCCGAAAGCUUCUUAGUUCAGAUGAAUUCUCACAUUGAGUUUGAAACCAAAAGGCAUACGUAUCAUUCAUUCUAA